GGGAGCCCCGCCCCGCCCAGUUAACAGGCGGCCGCGGCGCUGGCGCUCAGUGCGCGGUGAAGCUGUCGGACGGGUUGGCGUCCGGCGAGCGAGGCCAUGGCCACGGUGCGGGAGAAGGCUGCCGCGCUGAACCUCUCUGCUCUCCACGGCCCCGCGCACAGGCCUGCCGGUUUCAGUGUAGCUCAGAAGCCAUUUGGAGCCACAUAUGUAUGGAGCAGCAUCAUAAAUACUCUUCAAACACAAGUGGAAGUGAAAAAACGAAGGCACCGUUUAAAACGACACAAUGACUGCUUUGUUGGUUCGGAAGCUGUGGAUGUCAUUUUUUCUCACCUACUUCAGAAUAAGUAUUUUGGUGAUGUGGAUAUUCCUCGGGCCAAAGUGGUUAGAGUGUGUCAGGCGCUUAUGGACUACAAAGUAUUUGAAGCAGUUCCAACCAAAGUCUUUGGAAAAGACAAAAAACCUACAUUUGAAGAUAGUAGUUCCAGCCUUUAUAGAUUCACAACAAUACCUAACCAAGACAGUGAGUCAGGCAAAGAGAACAAACUGUAUUCACCUUCCAGGUAUGCAGAUGCAUUAUUUAAGUCAUCCGAUAUCAAAUCAGCCAGUUUAGAGGAACUAUGGGAAAAUCUGAGUUUAAAGCCUGCCAACUCCCCUCAUGUAAAUAUCUUUGCAACCUUAUCUCCACAAGUUAUUAAUGAAGUAUGGCAAGAAGAAACAAUUGGGCGUCUACUACAACUUGUAGACCUUCCACUUCUUGACUCCUUACUCAAACAGCAAGAGGUUGUUCCUAAAGUUCCUCAACCUAAGAGGCAGUCCGACGUGGUCAACAGCAGUAACUAUCUGGAUCGAGGGAUUCUCAAGGCUUAUAGUGACUCUCAGGAAGAUGAGUGGCUCUCUGCAGCAAUUGACUGUUUGGAAUACCUUCCGGACCAGAUGGUGGUAGAAAUAAGCAGAAGCUUUCCUGAGCAACCAGACCGAACAGACUUAGUGAAAGAACUUCUGUUUGAUGCCAUUGGCAGAUACUACAGUAGUAGGAAACCUCUGUUGAAUCAUUUAUGUGAUGUUCAUAAUGGAAUUGCAGAACUCUUAGUGAAUGGGAAGACAGAAAUAGCUUUAGAAGCUACUCAGCUCCUUCUAAAGCUUUUGGAUUUCCAAAAUAGAGAAGAAUUUAGAAGACUACUAUAUUUCAUGGCUGUUGCAGCACAUCCUUCUGAGUUUAAAUUACAAAAAGAAAGUGACAACCGAAUGGUUGUGAAAAGGAUAUUCUCGAAAGCUAUUGUUGACAAUAAAAAUUUAUCCAAAGGCAAAACAGAUCUUCUGGUACUCUUUUUAAUGGAUCAUCAAAAAGAUGUUUUUAAGAUUCCUGGAACUCUACAUAAAAUUGUAAGUGUUAAGCUUAUGGCCAUACAGAACGGAAGAGAUCCAAAUAGAGAUGCAGGAUAUAUUUACUGCCAGAGAAUUGAUCAACGUGACUAUUCCAGCAAUACACAGAAGACAACCAAAGAUGAGCUGUUGAAUUUACUAAAAACUAUUGAUGAGGAUUCAAAACUUCCUGCCAAAGAGAAGAAAAAAUUGCUAGGUCAAUUCUAUAAGUGUCACCCAGACAUCUUUAUUGAGUAUUUUGGAAACUAAGUUUUUAAUGUCUGUAUGUAAGUUGUGUAUUUUAAGAAUAAAUUAUGUAUCCUAAAUAUCCAAUCACAUUUGUAAGCUUGGAAGCUCUAAACUCUACUUAAUAAAAUUUUUUUUAUA